AUUUUAUUUCGUUCGUCGUUCUACUGCGAAUUAUAGUAAUUUUCCAUAAAAAUAUUUAAGUUUUCGCCAUAAAAAUUGAUGAAAAUCGUUCCUGCUGUGUAUAUUUCGCCAUAUUAGUGUCAUUUGUGAGGUUGACGGAUGUUGCAAGUCGAUAUUUAGCGAUUAAAGAUAAUGUUAUGUCCUUAGAGAGUUAAUACAUUUUAUCAAUAACUCGAUUCUAUAUAGCUACGACUGUGUUUUUGAUAAAAAACAUGACGUGUUAAUGUAAUACGGGCAACGCCGACGCACACGGCUAUACGCACAAACCAUGAUGGCCCAGCAGGAGCCUCUGCACUUGGGGGCCCCAAAAAUAGAGCCCCUAUACUUUGGUCAGCCCCAGGCAGAGCCGUUGCACCUCGCACCACCAAAACAGGACCCGUACUACGCUCCACCACUUAAACCAACACCAUACUAUAAAUCCGACUUAUACAUGGGACCGAAGCUGGAACCGAUGGUGCAGAUAAGUGAACAGCCUAGCCAAUCUACCGAAUCACAAAUAAAAUUGGACGAAAAAGAUGAAAUUACUGAAAAACCUAAAGAUAUGAAGUUUAUAAGCGUUACAAGUUCGUUGUUGACUCCAGAACAGAGAGAAAUGUAUGAGUCUGUCCUGGCUACGUGGAAACCGUCUCACCUGCCUACCCCGAUAACACGGUUCCAGAAGCGAUACUUCUGUCAGAAAUGCAAUAAAGAAUUUAAAAACUAUCAAAACUUAUACCUGCACACUACUAGAGUACACUCAACCGAAGAAUCAGCCGUCAUAUGCAACUUAUGUGAUAAAACAUUUAAAAAUAAACAUUACCUGUACAUGCACCGAAUGAAUAAGCACUAUUCUGAGAGCGAGAAAUGUUACUGCCAAUAUUGCCUGCAAGAGUUUCGGACCAGGCGUGCUCUACACAUGCACAUAAAACGGAUCCACCCAACAACACUGCCAGAGUUGAAGUGCCCGGAAUGUGGCAAACAGUUCUCCGUACCGUACAAACUUAGAUACCACAUGGAAUCGGUCCACCGAGCUGACAAGGACAAGCACAAAUGCCCGAUUUGUCUGAAGCUUUACAAAAACCCGUUGAAUUUAAACCGUCAUGUGCAAUUUCAGCACUCGGAAAUGGAGAGACAUCCGUGUGUUUUCUGCGAUAUGACUUUUAAGUCCCGUCAUCAUAUGAAACGGCAUGUUCUCAAUAUUCAUCCGCCUUUAGAGUCCAAAGUUCAGUGUCCGGAGUGCCUGAAAGAGUUCAAGAACGACCAGUAUUUGAAGGAGCAUAUGCAGGUGCACUCGUCAUUGGACACGAAGGUGAAAUGUGACUUGUGUGAUAAGUUCUUCCACUCCGCUAUACGCUUGAAGAAGCAUAAAAAAAUAGUGCACCCGUCAAAGCCCAAGCUCCGCUGCGAGAAGUGCAACAAGGAGUUUGCGCACGCGCAUUACCUGCGCCGGCACAACAACGCGGUGCACAUGGACCUCGCCGAGGAGAAAUAUGAACAUGCGUGCGAGCAGUGCGGAAAGAAGUUUAAACUGAGGAGGUAUUUGAACAACCAUCUCCAAAGACACGAGCAGCAGCACCUAAAAAGGAUUUCACAAAUGGUGAAGACAGUGAUGAACGAAGACGGUGUCCCGAAGAAGAGAGGGAGACCCAAGCGAGAGAGGAAGGAGAUAGAAUUCAUCAAAUGUGAACCAGUCUCCAGUUCCGAGGACUCCGAUGAUGAAACGGAGUCCGAAUCGGAGUAACAUAGUGAGUUGUAACAGACAGUUUUGUGAUAGUCAAUUUCAUAAUAGUCAAUUUUGUGACAGUUUUGUGCAGUGUUGCGGAAUAUGGUGCUAUUUCCUGUAAACACCAUCUAAUUUUAUUUUAAGUUAUAUCUGUCAUUUUCUUAUCCGCCGCAAAGGAAGGGACGGGUAAUCGACAAGCAUAAAAUUUAUGUAACACACGUCAAUUUUAAACACAAAUCUAAUUCUUCCUAAAAUUAAGAGCUGUCAAUCUUCCGUCCCUUUCCUUUCCUGGAUAAUGAAAUGACAGGUAUAACUUAAAGUAAAAUUAGGAGGUGUUUGCAGGAAUCGGGGCCACUACCUAACUAAUCUAAAUAUCGUUAAGCCUCUCGAUAUUGAAAAUUUUACAAUUAGAUCGAUUAACUUCCCUUUUUUUUCUUUAUUUUCUUUUCUUUUUCUUUUCUUUUUUUUUAAGUAGCAUAGAGAAUGCUACACCGACAAGAGCGGGCCUCUUAAAUUAGUGAUGAUGAACUUUUCUAACGCCGGAACGCAGAUCUCAACCAGACGCAAUGUAAAGUGUAGACACUAUUGUGGUUGGUAUCUCGACAGAUGAGAGGUUUAAUUGUAGAAUCGAUUGUUGCAAUAAAAUCGAUUUCACCGACAGUAUUGCAACUAUUUCACUAAUGGAUAAUAUCGAUUAUAUCUAACGAUUGUUAAAUUAUAAUCGGCAUAAUUGUAGAAUUUUCAAUAUUGAUAUUUAGAUUAUUUAGGGGCUUAGAAAAAUAAUUGGUACACAGUCGUUUAUCGUGCAACACUAGUUUUGGACAAAAUUGUGACACAGUAGACUCGCUGCGCGAAUUAGCGAACGCUUCGACCAAUAAACGAUACGAAUGCUAUCUACGUAGAUGGACGUCAAACGGCUAUUGGUCGAAGCGCUCAAUAUAAUUCGCGGUUACCGUGCAGAGCCUACUGGUUGCUUUAAUUUAUAUUUUAACUGCUAGAAGCUAUCGUCCUUUCAAAUGUCAUUCGGAUGUUAUUACUACUUCGACGCAUCACAUGACAUAAACAGCCUAUAUACGUCCCACUGCCGGGCACAGGCCUCCCCUCAAUCAACCGGAGCGGGUAUAGAGCAUACUCCACCACGCUGCUCCAAAUUUCAAUAUAGUUUUUUUAAAUAAAUUGCUUCUAUCUGACCUUUUUAGAACGCCUGAAGAAAUAGUCCAGAUGUGAUGUCAAUAGUCCUACAGUGCUGUGUAGAUAAGUCCCAGGUUCGAUUCCAGGUGACAUGUAACGUGUAAAUAAUGUAAUUACCUAAAUGUAAAUAAUUCAAAUGUUAUCCUUGUUUUAAAUAAUUAUUGAGUAUGGAAUAUUUUAUUUUUUUGAUGGAUUGGUGGAAUAACAGUUCUUUUUACACAUAUGUAUUUGUAUUUUGGCGGCGAGGGUGUGCUGCCGCCAAAGGAUGUUUUCGGGGUACCGAACUGAGCAUAGUACCCCGCUAGCCACAAGUUGGUAGUGUGACUAGGGAUCCACGAUCCGACAGUGUUGUGUUGGAAGAUGUAUAUAUGCGUCUUGCUGUGUAAACUUCGAUACCGCGUUUCACGACCGCUUGAAGAAUGUGACGCCAUCUGUUGCAUGUGAGCGGAACUAGGUGGCCAACUAGUUGGGUCCGCUACAGUAUAUUUACCUAGCGUUAUCCCGUUUCUCACAGGGUCCGCUUACCUAACCUGAAGAGUUGACAAGUCCGGUUUUUACAGAAGCGACUGCCUGUCUGACCUUCCAACCCGCGAAGGGAAAACCAGCCCAAUACAGGAGGUCACAUACCUCCGAAAAUGAAUUUCUCGGGAAUGUGGGUUUCCUCACGCUGAGCACGUGAUAAUCAUUUAUGAUCCAAACAUGAAUUCGACAAUCAUUGGUGCUGGAUUCGAACCUGCGACCUCAAAGUGACUGGCAAGCUUUGGGCUACCACGGCUCAUUAUACACUAAUAUGUAUAACCGACUAUAUUGUUUUAAAAUGAUUUUACACAGCACAGAAUACAACAUCUCCAAUUUGGUCAAUGUACGUCGUGUGCAUACAUAAACAGCCUAACGUCCCACUGCUGGGCACAGGCCUCCCCUCAAUCAACCGGAGGGCGUAUGGAGCAUACUCCACCACGCUGCUCCACUGCGGGUUGGUGGAGGUGUUUCCGGCUAAUAGCCGGGACCAACGGCUUAACGUGCCUUCCGAAGCACGGAAUCAUCUUACUUUUUCGGACAAUCAGGUGAUUCGAGCCUGAAAAGUCCUUACCAAACAAAGGACAGUCUCACAAAGUGAUUUCGACAAUGUCCCCAUCGGGAAUCGAACCCGGACCUCCAGAUCGUGAGCCUAACGCUCUAACCACUAAACCACGGAGGCUGUUACGUCGUGUGCAUGAUAAGUAAUUUCAAAUAUAAAUACACAUCAAAGACUCCUAACAAAGAACUGUAAUUUCCCCAUUGGUCAUACAUAGUUAAGUAUACAGGUUGUUAGUGACAUCGUAACGUAAAACUUUGAGGAAUGAUUCUAAGUUGAUAUCAAGUGGAAUUCCCUGUCGGAAAAUACAUGAAUAUUUUAGUGUUUUCUACAUACUUUUGCGACGGAAAAUUCCACUUGAUAUCAACUCAGAAUCGUGGUCUGAAUCAUUCCUCAAAGUUUUCGUUACGAUGUCACUACCAUCCUGUAUACAUUUAUAAAAUGAUACACACAAAAGUGUAUAUAUAUUAUUAUAUUUAAAUAAUUUUAUUUUUUAUUAUACUUUCUGUAUAAUACAUUGUUUAUAAAUUAUGUGAAAUAGUAAAUUCAUGUAUUUUUUCAGCUAGGUAUCAAAUUUACAUUUUUAACGGUCUCUUCGACCUCUCGGUGUUUGUAAAAAAAUAAAAAUUUAAGUCAAUUUUUACUAAUUGAGUAAGUACUAGCAUAACUUACACUUGGCUGUAAAGAGUAGAAAUUCAAGGUUAUUAAACCCGUGUUUUCACUUGGCAACAUUAGCGCGUCAUGAUGCCCAGCGUGUUGAAAGUUAGCGCGGAACUUUGUUUAAUUAUUUCUUAUCGAGUGCUUAAAUACAAAGUUUCAUGGUUUUAUCUUUUAAAAUUAAAAUAUCCCAUACAAAAUUUCAACCUCUAUUUCAACCUCUUCAUCCCUUUUUAUCGCAAUAAAAGGUUUCUUUCUCAGGGUCUAAAAAUUGUCUGUGCCAAAUUUCAUCAAAAUCGGUUGAGAGGUUUAA